AUGGUUGUUACUGUUGAAACCAUUCCCAGUGUCGUCUUAGCUCUUCUUGCGGGCAUGACUGCCAUCAUGCUUUCAUACAUCGAGCAUGCCCAUUCCAAGCGACCAUCCACAACGCUCACCAUUUGGGCAAUAUUCAUGUUGUUCAGCGAAGCGGUUAACGUGCGGACUAUGUGGCUAGCACACCAGGAGCAGGCCAUCACCAUCGUCAAGACCGCAACGCUGCCGGUUCUUCUCCUGGCCGCUGUCUUGGAAUCGUUGCCUAAAUCGAAUUUCGUCGAUUGCAUAUUCGCUCCCUACUCGAAAGAGGAGUCUGUGGGCAUUGUGAACCGCAGCUUUUUUUGGUGGCUCAAUCCCCUCUUUAUAUACGGUUACAAGCACAAACUGCGGCCCGAGGACCUCCCCCCAUCGACUCCAUGCUUCUAUCGGGGAGGGCUUCUCCUCGACUUCGUGAGCAACAGACAAAGACCUCUACUCAUCAACAGUACCACUCAAUGGUUUGAUGAACCGACUGGUCCUGUUUCCGAUGCUAUAGGUUAUGGCCUCAUUGCAGCUUAUCUGGUGGUUUUUCUGGGCCGUGCGAUAUCGACGGCGCUGGGAGAGCACCAGAGUUAUCGACUUAUCACCAUGGUCCGAUCGGGGCUAACUUGCCUGAUCUGCGACAAGACAUUGAGGCUGAGCUUAGUGGAUGCGGAGAAGUCAGCUUCUCUAACGCUGAUGAGCACAGAUAUCGAAAGGAUUGGUCAGGGCCUUCAAUUUGUCCAUGAGAUCUGGGCCACGCCGGUGGAGUUUGCAGUAGCUCUCUACCUGCUCGCGCGGGAAGUUGGGUUAGGCUGCUUGGCUCCGAUGGCAAUCGUCAUUUGUGAGAAAAUCCCCAAACCUGAGCUCUCUUGUGGUGAGAUGUGUUUGACUAAGAUAAGUGCUGCCUCAGUGUCUAUAGUUGGUACCGCCUUGCUGGGUAUGCGGAUCGAUCCCCAUCAGAAGAAAUGGAUCGAUGCAAUAGAACGGCGGAUUGCUUCCACUACCGACAUGCUCCGGAAGAUGAAGAGCAUCAAAAUGUCUGGGCUUGAGGACGCAGUUAUGGAAAACAUUCAGAGAAUGCGAAUAAAAGAAGUCGACAUCUCACAGCUGACAAAAGCCCUGUUUAUUGGAUGCAGUGUCCUUUCCACGUUCACGGCCACGCUCAGCCCUGUCCUGGGUUUCAUGAUAUACGUUCUGAUUCAAAAGGCAAAGAGUGAUUCCAGUUUGGCCGCAUCCAACGCCUUCACCAGUCUGGCCUUAUUCAGCAUCUUGUCUGCUUCAGUGAAUAUUUUCAUCACUGCCGUACCGGCAAUUUUUGCCGCCAUCAGCUGUUUCGGGCGUAUUGAAGCGUUCUUGGCCUCGACAGAUAAUAACCCAAACCCCAACUUAGGGGAUGAUGCUUCCCAGGAAUCGACCAGUUCCAUUGAAAAAUUUGAUAUGUCUACCUUGUCGACUGACGCUCCGUCACACGAUCAGGCGAGGAACAAUGAUCGAGGUCUAUUGUCUAUAGAGAACGGAACUGUGCAGUGGCAGCAACAGACCGAGCCCCUUCUCUCCGGGAUCAACCUUAUGGUCAAAAAGAGAGAGUUUCUGCACAUAACUGGCCCGAUGGGCUGUGGUAAAACUUCCCUGCUCUAUGCAUUACUUGGGGAAGCCCCAUUAGUAGCGGGUCGGCUGCGGUAUAAGGCAUCAGGCGCUGCAUUCUGCCAGCAGACUCCCUGGCUCCCUGAUGUCUCAGUGAAGGACUGCAUCCUGGGUCAGAAGAAGUGGGACAAGGAGUGCUACGAUGGGGUCAUCGCUGCGUGUGCCUUAUCAGAUGACCUGCUAAAGCUGCCGGGUGGCGAUCAAGCGUUGGUAGGAAAUAGUGGCGCUAAUCUGAGCGGGGGUCAAAGACAGCGAGUUGCCUUAGCAAGAGCAGUGUACUCUCGCCGGCCUCUGGUUCUACUGGACGACGUUCUUAGUGCAUUAGAUGCCAACACGGCAAAACAUGUCUCUACGCAUCUCUUUUCUCCAACCGGAUUGUUUCGAAAGCAUGGAACAACAGUCGUCUACACCGGUAAUUCGGCUGCCGACCAAUACGCGGAUUCUGUAUUGGCAAUUGGCACGGAGGGGAGGAGUGCCGACAUAGAGAAAGCCUCAACUCAGAUUGACCAGAAACCAGGGAAAAUCGACAUUUCCAGAAAGUCUGAUAAGAGACUAAAUAUCGUGGAUCAGGAAGAACCCCUUUCCAGCUCCCAGAUCACGACCAGGCAAGGGAACGAGCGACCUCAAGAGCAAACUCGAACCUUUUCCACUACGCUUUACUACCUCAAGUCUUGUGGUAUUGUGCUCUCUUGCACGGUUUGUGGCUUGUCUGUCUUGUACAGCUUCUUUCUUAAUUUCCCAACCAUAUGGGUGAAUAUUUGGAUUCAGGCCGACAUGGCUCAUCCCUACCAGGAUCUCGGCAUGUAUCUGGGUGUCUACGCGCUUUGUGCUGCCCUUGCACUUGCUACAAAUAGCACUGCAACUUGGUUUGCAUUGAUACGAAUGGUCAAGCGAUCUGCAGAAGGGUUGCAUGAUGUACUUCUGAAGACUGUCGCAAAUGCACCUUUAUCAUAUUUUGCGUCCACUGAAAUUGGCACAAUAACAAAUCACUUCAGUCAAGACAUGGAAAAGGUCGACAUUGAGAUCCCCCUUACUGGUAUCCAGGCACUGUUCGCUUUCACUUCCGCUCUCGUCCAAAUCAUCAUCCUGUCCAUUGGAACGAGAUAUACGGCCAUUGCAUUCCCAUUCAUUGUCUCCAUCAUUGUUGUAAUCCAGCGAGUCUAUCUACAGACUUCCCGGCAGCUACGGAUAAUGGAUCUCGAGGCCAAGUCGCCUCUGUACUCGCACUUCACGGAACUACUCGCAGGCCUCGCGACUAUCAGAGCUUUUGGGUUUCAAGAGCAAUGUCGUGCAACCAACGCUGCGAGACUAGACUACUCCCAGGCACCGUUCUACCUCCUCUACUGCGCGCAAAGAUGGCUAACCCUUGUCCUGAAUCUGGUUGUGGGUGCCAUGGCCAUCCUCAUGAUGGGGAUUUCUAUCAAAUUGCGAGGAACAGUCGGCGCGGGAGACAUUGGUCUGGCGUUUGUCAAUUUGAUGACAUUCAGCCAAAGCAUCCAGGCGUUACUUACAUGGUGGACUAUGAUGGAAGCAUCUAUCGGGGCUGUUCAGCGUGUGCAAGCCUUUGAUAAAGAAACUGGACGUGAAGAUGAUGGCAAAGAACUGUCAACACCUCCAAAAUCAUGGCCUGCCAAAGGGUCUAUCGAUAUCAGGGAUGUCACAGCGUCUUACACAGACAACGGUAGUCCAGUGCUAAGAAAUGUCACCUUGUCUAUAGCACACGGGCAAAAGAUCGGCGUUUGCGGCCGCACGGGAAGUGGCAAAACAUCCCUCAUUCUCAGCAUGCUGCGCUUGAUUGACCUCAAUUUGGGGUCAGUCUUGGUUGACAGCAUAGAUUUAGCCCGACUUCCAGCCAAACUUGUCCGACAGAGAAUCGUAACUAUCUCCCAGGAUCCUCUCUCACUCAAGGACACUGUUCGUCGAAAUCUCGAUCCAGCGUCUAAUUACACAGAUGAGCAGCUCCAAAGGAAGCUUCAACGCGUGGGGCUCUGGGAUCUCAUUAACAGCAAAGGUGGCCUCGAUGCUAGUAUGCACGAUGGACUUUUGUCACAUGGCCAGCGGCAGCUCUUCUGUCUCGCCAGAGCUUUGCUGCAAAGUUCAUCAAUUGUCAUCAUGGAUGAAGUUACGAGCAGCGCCGACAAGGAGAGCCAAGAUCUCAUUUCCCGAAUCAUUACGGAAGAUCUUUAUGAUGCGACUGUGAUUACGAUAGCACAUAAACUAGAGGAUAUGGGCAAUCACGACCGAAUUAUCGUCCUCGACAACGGACAAAUCAUCGAGCAGGGUAGCCCACAGGAUCUCCUCGGUCGGAAUGACUCCGUAUUCCGAAACUUAUGGAUGGAGCAACGCGAAGGUCGUUCCAAGCCAUAG